AUGAGGAAUCUAGUUGAUAAGACGUUCACUUGGGUGAUUAAGGACUUCCCCUGUCUGGAAAUAGCUGAGAAAAUCUAUUCUGAUGAGUUCGUGAUAGAUGGCUGCAAAUGGCGUCUUAAGGCCAUUCCCCAUGCAAAUGAAGCUUACUGUCUGUCUCUCUACCUGGAAGUUGCUGAUUUUGAAUCCUUGCCAUCUGGAUGGAUAAUAUUCGCAUCAUUUUCUUUAGCUGUAGAAAAUCAUUUUGCACACAGAAACCCAGUAUACAGAGCAACAGAUAACUGUUUUGACCACAUGGAACCAGACUUUGGUUGUAAGUACAUGCUUCCCCUUAGCAGACUUGAGGCCAUAAGAGAAGGGUUUCUGAUUAACGGAGAAGUCAGGAUUGUUGCGGUGGUAGAGUUUACUGAUCCUGUUGGGAUAUUAGAUGUACCAAAUGAAUCCGAGGAGGUAACCCAAACUCUGAGAAACCUACAGAUCAAUGAUGAUGGUGCAGCGUCGAGUGGUGUGCUUAAGGAAAAUCCAGCAGGUUGGGUGGAUGUUCAUGGAUUUCUAGUUUUUUCUGCACAGGCGGAUUUGGCAAGGCGUGUCUUUGAAGCACACCCAGAGAUUGCAUUAGAGUGCCGUACGAAGAACCAAGAGAUGAGAACAUCUUACAUGAAUGUCCUCCUCGGCCUUAUCAGGAUGCUCGAAAAAUGGCCUCAGGAACACUCCGAGGAUGAUUUGUCUUAUGCAGAAGCUACUCUGGCAUACAUGAAAAGCGUAGGGUUUAAGGUGGAUUGGCUGGAGAAGAAGUUUGAUAAAGUAAAAGGAAAAAGAAAGGAAGGUGACCGUUCGUGUGAAAUGCGACAACAGCUGAAUGACUUGGAGAAGAAGUGCAACGACCUGAAAACUCUGGUGAUUCAGGCGAAAGAAGAGGUUUCGGAAGUCAAGAAUGAUGGUUGA